UCAGAAGUAUUUUUAUUGGCGGGAUUAUUUCACAAAAAAGAUGGUUUCUGUAAUGAAAAAACUGCAAAGUGUAAUCCGAUAUUGACUCAUUUUCGAAAUUAUUUUGUCGAUUCGUGUUCUGAUUAGUGUUGAAUUUCACGUAAAGCAAUAUGACUUUAAUCAAGUUGUGCCAAAAGUUCUUCGGCAAGAAAGAUCUUUACGAAGUGUUUGGAAUUACCAAAACUGCUUCGGAUAAAGAAAUUCGAAGGGCAUAUCAUCGCUUGUCUCUGAAAGUACAUCCUGACAGAGUCUCCGAUGAAGAGAAACUCGAAGCCACGGAAAAGUUCAAAGUUGUUAGUGCUAUACACGCCGUCCUCAGCAAUAAAUCUAAACGUAAAACUUACGACCGCACAGGUACUGUGGACGAAGAAGAUGACCGCGAUAUGGAAAAUUGGAAACAAUACUGGCAGUCUAUAUUCAAAAUAGUUACGCAGAAGGACAUAGAAGAAUAUGAAACGAAAUAUAAAGGAUCCGACGAAGAGCUUGAAGAUCUGAAGAAAGCUUACGUUGACAAUAAAGGAGACAUGGAUCGCAUCUUAGAAUACGUUUUAUUUAGUAGUCCCAAUGACGAGCCGAGAUUCGGCGAAAUCAUCAACAAAUGGAUCUCAGACGAAGAAGUUCCUGAUUUUCCAAAGUUUACCAAAGAACCAGAGUCCAAAAAACUCAAAAGAAAAACGAAGUACGAAAAAGAAGCCAAAUUAGCUGAAAAAGCUGCUCAAAAAAGAAAAGCCGAACAAGAAAAUGACGAGGAUGAUUUGGUAAAAGCUAUUCAACUUCGCCAGUCUGGUCGUGCCUCGCAACAAAACGAUUUCCUUCAAAAAUUGGAAGAAAAGUAUUGUCAACCCGAAGCUAAAAAAACUAAAGCCAAGUCAACGAAAGGAGCCAAAGAAGUACCACGAAAAACUUGCGGGGGGAGAUCUCCAAGAAAACUAGGUAAAAAAAACUAAUCUGAGUCAACGAAAGGUGCCAAAGGUACUUGAAAAUCCUGUUGGAGGAUUCCUCCAAGUUUAAAAGUUAUUCCUAAAGAAGUUAAAUUUUAGAGUAUGGAGUUAUUUUAAUGUAUUUUUUUAUUGUCGUUUUCAUUAAUGUCCUCGUAUUGUUCAAUUUGUAAAAGUAAAAUUACUAUUAAGUUA